CAUCUCUAUCUUGUGUUCUCUUUAUCCACGCGCGUGUGCGCUUUGUAAUAAGAAGACAAUCAAAGAUGGUGACGACGAGCGUCGUCGGAGCUCCGUUGGUGGUUGCCCGGUCUAGACGGAUUCCGACGUCCCUCAAGUGCUUCGCUUCCACCGCGAAUUCCGAGCUUCUCCGCUCCCAGCUCGAUCAGCUUCACGCGGAGGCAGAGUCCACUCGUGCUAAAGCAAAUAGUAAUAGGUUGAGACUCUUGAGAUUAUCUGAGGCUGCAGAGAAUCUACGUAGACAAGCUUCUCUUCAUGUUCAGACGGGUAAAGAGAAUGACGCAAGAGAGUUGCUUCUCCAGAAGAAGAAAGUCAUGCAAGCUUUGGACAAGGCCAAAGCUCGUAUCGAGUUGCUUGAUACCCUUUCUUCAAAACUCAACGAGGCAAUAUCUGUCAAAGAAACACAGCUGAUUGGGAACAUAUCUUUAGAUCUGGAAGUAGAUAGAGAGAGGACUUCAGAUGGAGUUCACAUUGUAUCUCCAAAGCCUGAAUCUACUGAAGAAGGGCAUGAGAAUGACCAAACUGACUUGGGUUCUCAGGAAAGUCAACUUAUUGAAAACAACUUUGAGGAACACCAAGAAACUGUACUGGAAGAGGCUUUAACUGGUAACAUCUUCAGUGAAGUGUCUUCUUAUGAGUCUUUCCUGGAGAAUCUAGACCAGAAACUUUGCAGAAUCGAGGAUGAGCUUGUCACUGUUGUGAAUGUUGCGUCGUUGGUGCUUAGUCAUGAAGAUAAACCCAAGAAUCUAAAGGUUCAGCAAACAUCAGAAAUUCUUGAAGAGAUUCGUUGUGUGAGGGAAAGGAUUGCAAGUAUCAUUUGCAAAGAAGCAAACAUCAGUUAGUGCCUCAAGCUCCUCUUCUUGGUAUGAACAGUGUAGCAUUUCUAUACUCAUUCAGGUCUAUGGACAUUAUCUUGGUGUGAUGUGAAUAUUAAAUAUCUUCCAAGUUUGGUACAUUGAAUUUUGAUGUGAUAUAUAUAUUUAUAGAACAUAGGAACAUAAACAUUCAUGACA